GACUUUAUAAAAUGGCAGCGCCCAUGAGCUCAGGCGACGAAAAAUCCGAUACAGAUGCAAUACCUGAUUAUCUUGAUCCGACAUCAGCAAGUUUUGAUCCGCUGAAGGCGCUUUACAGUCCCAUAGACCCUUUCCCUCAUAUUCCAUCAAGGCAAUUUAAUAAUCUUGCUCAAUUUCAAAAUUUUAUAGAAGGCAAAGAUGCACAAACACGUAAGGCGAAUGAACAGAAAAAGAAGUCAGGUGGCCAACAGGGUACUAUAACUGGUUUAGCAAAGUUGAGGGCUCAGGCACACGAAGCGGAACAAGAAAGAAAAGCCGCAAUAACAAAAAAGUAUGCAGGUCCAGCAGAGAGAUCUAUUACACAGGCGAAACGAAAGAACAUGCGCACAGUUUUUACGAAAAUGCAAGGAUAUAAGAAGGGACCACUGAAUGUGUUAAGACUUUGCGUAAAUGACAAACUGCGAGUGACUGUCCUCAUCCGUGCAGCAGUGUCAGUCAGGAGCAGAUGUCGGGGAUAUCUUGUUGCAUUCGACAAACAUUUCAAUAUGGCAUUAAUGGAUGUAGAUGAAACCUUCAUUAGACCAGCUCCAAAAAGAAAGGGCAUUGACAAGAAAGGCAAACAGACAGAGGCGGUCUCAUCUAUUUGCAAGGACAGUGAUAGAACAAAAUCGUCAGCUAAGGCAGUAAGAGUGAAAAGUGAAAGUGAAAAUAGAGACAAACAAGGGUCUGAUCUGAGAAAGAAAAUUGAUGAAAACAUGGAGAAAUCAGACAGAAGGUCAUUAAUAGAUCACAUAAAAGAAAAUGAGGAUAAGGAAUCGAGUCAAGGACAAAGGUUUUCUAGAAAGCUGUAUGACAGCAAAGAGGCUACUGAAGGUUAUAGAACAUCAUCUGACAGUAGAUAUGUAAUACCUAGGAAAGGUGACAAUUCAGAUUUCAGUUAUCAGAGAGAUAGAAGUGAUUCAGAAGGCAGAAAAGAUCACAGAUCAUCAUCAGGCAGUAGAAGAGCCAUUGACAAAUCAGAGAGUAGAAAUUCUUAUAGGUCAUCUUCUAAUGAUGGUCAAGUUGGUGAAAGGAGUAAAACCAAUCAAAGGUCAUCAUCAUAUGAUAAAAGGGGUAAAGGGUUAGACCAAAGAUGGGAAGAACAUAAUAUCAGGGGUAAAGAACAUGCAAAAGAGAGGGGAAAAGAACAUGAUAAACAGAAAAUGAGAGAGCCCAUGGAUGACAAACUUAAUUCUUCUACUGCUUCAAUAGCCUCAAAAAUUGGAAUGAUAGAUCUGAGAGAGAAACUGAAGAAAAAUCGUCUUAAAGAUUCAGGUGCCAGCCAGUGCAUGUCUGAUAGUGAGAACAAUCCUUCAACAUCUAGACCAGAGCAUUCAGUUUCAGAUAGUGAAAGUGGAAAACAGCAAAAGGAAGAGAGUAUUAGAAGCUACAGUGAUAAGUGCUUUGUCUCAGAUAGUGAAAGUAGAAAACAUAUAAAAGAAGAGAGUAGUAAAUGCUCCAAUGAUAAAACAGAAAUGAGUUCUGGUCUGUUUUGGCCAAAGUAUAAAAAAUGGACUGAAGACAGGUGCUAUGCAGAAUAUGAGAUCGUUGAGAGACAUGUAAAUCAGUUAUUUAUUCGUGGGGAUAAUGUGGUCAGUAUACAUGUUGAGGAUUUUUAGUGUCUAUCUUUAGGACAUUUGGAAAGUGGAUAGUUACAAGGUUUUGUUAAGAUUUUCAUUUUCACAUAAAAGAUUAAAUGUAACAUGCCGUAUAAAUCAAUAUUAAAAAAGUUUGGAAAAAUUAUGCGAUUAAUAAUGGAGCCAUGUGGUUUGUCUGAUAUUUGCUGACUGAUGUUACAAUACAUUUCAAUUCGGAGUAGAUGUAAAUAUUGCAAUUAGCUCAUAAACAUGAUUCAAUAUGAAAGUAUUUUUUUCAGAAUUGUCUUGUAUGUAACAUGUAAAAUGCUGAAAUUGAAAUAAUUCACUUGAUAAAAAGCUCACAAAAUAAAAGGUAUUAACAUUUAUAACAUA